GGAGGAAGGGGUGGGGUGCUAAAUUGGUUGAAGACUCAGGCUUAUCAAAGUGGGGUUAGGGGCUUGGCAUGAAGAGCCAAGGGUAAUAGGCAGGAGGUAGGGAACAGUAGGUGAAAAUAUGGCAUUGGGUUUGGAUGGAAAGGUAGAGGUAAAUCACUGGAAAUGGGAGUCAUGGCAUUUUGAUUGAAUUUUGAAAAUUAUGAAAAAAGAGUAAGGGCAUGAUUUCAGAGAGAAAGUAUGAAUUUUGAGAAAAUUCAGUGAAUGAGUUUAGGAAUACUUUAUAGAGGUGGGCAUACCAGCCAAGGCAUCACUUUGGGAAGAGUGUAAGGGAAUUUAGAGGAGUAAAGGAGGUGUUUGGAAAGGAGACAGCGGAUAUAUACAGGUCUUUAGCCUAGGUAUCAGAAGCAGCCUAGGAUAUUGAUUUGGGGCAUUUGUUGUAUAUGGCACCUAGUCUGGUGACCAGCUUGCAGGAAUAGGUAGGGGUGGAGGAGGAGAAAUAGAGAACACUUUCAUCACUUCUGCUCUGAUUUCCUUUCUCUCUUCUCUUCCUCUUCCUACACUCCUCUCUUCCUAAACUCAGGGAUGGGGGCUUGGGACUUCUGCGGUACAAGUUGGAACCCCAUUGGGAGUCAUGUUGCUCUGAAUUGCUUGUUAUGUUCUCUGACUGGGGUGUUUACUACCCAGGGCACCUCCUACCCAGAUUGCUGCGUUGCUACUUUGCUAACUUUAAAAGUUUGCUUUCUACUUAAUAGUGUUUUAGUAUCUCCGAAGGUUGUGUCAUAGUAAGUGUAGGUUUGUGGGGAUGUGCAGAGUUUUCUGGGCAAGCUCACUUGAUUCUUAUAUUUAAAAACCUUGCAGUAGUGUAAGAAUUCUUGUAAUGACAUUGGUCUUUACAGUUAUUAUAAGCACAGAAAAAUAUGCUAAAGUUUGUUUUGUUAAAUGUGUGUCUUAUCCAUUCAUAUUCUUGGAGCUGUUAAAUGGUUAGUUGUGGUUAGUUUUAGUUAGCUUAUCUUAUAUAUUUUUAAACGGUGUAAAUAAGAUGGACAUAUAUUUCAGGAAAGUGAAAAAUUUUCAGUUUCUUCCUUUGUGUCUAAACUCAGAAGUUAAAGAUAUGUCAUAAUAUCUUAGGGCAAGGGUUGGGGAAAUCAAACACAAUUUGUACUUAAACAUGGAGGAUGUAAGCUCCGCUCUGCUAUAUGAAAUAUGGGAGACGACAGACCGUUUGUGUGCAAUGCCCCAGGCUGUGGACAGAGAUUUACAAACGAGGACCACCUGGCAGUUCAUAAACACAAGCAUGAGAUGACAUUGAAAUUUGGCCCAGCCCGAACUGACUCAGUCAUCAUUGCAGAUCAAACUCCUACUCCGACUAGAUUCCUGAAGAAUUGUGAGGAGGUGGGGCUCUUCAAUGAAUUAGCUAGCUCCUUUGAACAUGAAUUCAAGAAAGCUGCAGAUGAGGAGGAAAAAAAGGCUGCUGCUGGGCCCCUUGACAUGUCUUUGCCUUCCACACCAGACAUCAAAAUCAAAGAAGAAGAGCCAGUGGAGGUAGACUCAUCCCCACCUGAUAGCCCUGCCUCUAGUCCCUGUUCCCCACCACUCAAAGAAAAGGAGGUGGCCCCAAAGCCUGUCGUGAUCUCUACCCCAACACCUACCAUCGUGCGUCCUGGCUCCUUGCCUCUCCACUUGGGCUAUGAUCCACUUCACCCAACCCUUCCCUCCCCAACUUCCGUCAUCACACAGGCUCCACCAUCCAACAGGCAACUGGGGUCUCCCACUGGCUCCCUCCCUCUUGUCAUGCAUCUUGCUAAUGGACAGACCAUGCCUGUGCUGCCAGGGCCUCCGGUACAGAUGCCUUCUGUUAUAUCGUUGGCCAGACCUGUGUCUAUGGUGCCCAACAUUCCUGGUAUCCCUGGCCCACCAGUUAACAGCAGUGGUUCCAUUUCUCCCUCUGGCCACCCUAUGCCAUCAGAAGCCAAGAUGAGACUAAAAGCCACCCUGACCCACCAGGUCUCCUCAAUCAACGGUGGGUGUGGAAUGGUGGUAGGUACUGCCAGCACCAUGGUGACAGCCCGCCCUGAGCAGAGCCAGAUCCUCAUCCAGCACCCGGAUGCCCCGUCCCCUGCCCAGCCACAGGUCUCACCAGCCCAGCCCACUCCCAGCACGGGAGGGCGGCGGCGACGCACAGUGGAUGAAGAUCCUGAUGAAAGGCGGCAGCGGUUCCUGGAGCGCAACCGGGCUGCAGCCUCCCGCUGCCGUCAAAAGCGGAAGCUCUGGGUGUCCUCCCUUGAGAAGAAGGCGGAGGAGCUCACUUCUCAGAACAUUCAGCUGAGUAAUGAAGUCACGUUGCUACGGAAUGAGGUGGCUCAGUUGAAACAGCUACUGUUAGCUCACAAAGACUGCCCGGUUACUGCACUACAGAAAAAGACCCAAGGCUAUUUAGAAAGCCCCAAGGAAAGCUCAGAACCAACGGGUUCUCCGGCCCCUGUGAUUCAACACAGCUCAGCAACAGCCCCUAGCAAUGGCCUCAGUGUUCGCUCUGCGGCUGAAGCUGUAGCCACCUCGGUCCUCACUCAGAUGGCCAGCCAAAGGACAGAACUGAGCAUGCCGAUACAGUCGCAUGUGAUCAUGACCCCACAGUCCCAGUCUGCGGGCAGAUGAUGCCUCCCCUGGUGGAGAGGUCCCCAGCCAGAGCUCGCCCGCCCAAGAGCCAAGAGAGAUGUCAUCUUAUCGCCUCCCAUCUGCUUUGGACAUGGCAAUAUGGGGGGAAGAUUGUGUGUUGUGAGUAACGGACAGAUGUGGGGCUUUUCAGCCACAUGGUCAUGUACAUUGACACCUGUACUAGGAACCUCCCAGCCCCAGAGCCACAUAGACUAUCCCCUAAGGGGGCAGUUUCUAAUGUACCCACAGCCAAAGGCCUUUCCAGAUGGUCCGAACAACCACCCCUGCCCGUGCAUGUGUACCUGUCUCUCUCAACACUAACCCUUGCACUUCUAGGUUUUGGGUUUCUCGGUUCCCUCUCUUCCCACUAAGCCAUGGCUAUUACCUUCCUGAUCCUUAGCAGCACGCCACUUCUGCUAGGUAGAGGGAGGCCAGUGUUGAUGGCAGGUCACCCCCUAGCCCGCUCCAGCCACCCAGUGGGUUCAGGAUUUUGUCUCCCAUUAGCUGCUUAUUUUAUCCCUUGACCCCCUUCCUGAAGUCUAGUUCAAACAUUCACUUAUGGUGAAUGUAAAAUUACCCUUGAUGUAUGAAUUAGCAGUAUUUUUCAGCUCUUCCAUAAACUUUAGUCCUUCUCCCUACCUGCCACCAAAAAAAACCCCAGAAACAAAACAAACAAACAAAAAACAACAACAACAACAAAACAAAGCAGAAAGAAACAAAACUGCAAGAAUUCUAGUCGUUUUUUAGCUAUUUCCAGAUCUAUUUGGGUACCUCGUUUUGUGUCUUGAGUUUUCUCAGCCUACUGCUGGGGCCUUUUCCACCUCCUGCUAAGCCUUGGCAAGAUCAUCUUGUGGCCUUAUUAGCUCUUCUCGUUAGUGAAAAGGGAAAGUGCCCCGGGUGUGACUGGCUGAUCCCCCCACUUCCACAGUCCACCCUCCUGCAGUGACCAUUAGGGCAAGCAGGAACAGGAGAGUUCGAAGCUCAUUCUAUCAGGUUACUGGAUUGAUUCUUAAUGUCUUAUAAGAGUUUACUGGCCAAAGCAUAUAUAACUCCUUUCGGUCGUCCAUCUGCUCCUGUCUCUCCCUCUUUGUUCCCCUGCCUGGGUCACUGCCUCAGUCUCUCUCCAGGCACAGCCCUCUGGAGCUGUUGUGUGGGGCACUCUUGCACUCCCUUGCUCUUCUCCCAUCUCCCAGCCCCACCCCAAGGUCGUCUUUUCCAGGCUACGCUCUUCUAUUCACAAGUGUCCCUCACCCUGGAUCUCCCUUCUCCCGUUCACCAGGCUCCUAGGCUAGCUGCUAGGUCUCUCUGCUCCUGUAAUAUUUCUUCAGCUCUCCUCUGCUUUCUGAUCCCUAGGUUCAAUGUGUCCCCAGGGUCCUGAGUGGGCUUUCUUGAGGGUAAGGUAGGCUGGGAAGAGGCAGGAGAGAGGAGGUGCUUUACUGAUCUCAGCAGAAGAGCCCUGCUCUGUGAAGAUCUGGUGUGCCUGGGAAGUCGGUGACUAUUGCUCUCAGCCAUUCUUACUGUAAGGAGUUAGGUUACAAGGGGAGAAAUUCAUCCCUCUUGUCCCUCUUUCUUCCCCGUUAAGACUUCUCAUCUUCCUUUGGCUCUGAACUAUGCAAUUUCUACCAGGGCCACAGGAAGCAAUCCAAAGCCAGAGGCCUGUGGAUAGAUAGGUCAGCUUUAAUAGCCUGUCAGUAUGAAUCUCUUCCAGUUGUCCCAGAGCCACCUUUUGCCAUCUGGCCAAGCCAAGAAUGUCCUUUUCUCCCUCUCUCCUACCUCCAUCUUAAAUUUGCAUACAGAAUAACUGCCAGCUUCCUUUCUUAGUCUGUCUUCCAAAAUUGGCUGUCAUCAGGAAAUGUGGAAACAUUCUAAGCUACCAGGUUCCCAUCUUCUCAGAGUGAUAACACUGGUGAGGCAGUCAGAGGACAUAUUCUGUUGUGUCUGUUUUUCAUUUUCCCUCCUGCUUUUCAGAGCCGGUGCUGAACAAGACACACCUGGUGAAGAGAAAGGAGAGAAAACAUGGUUUUCUCAUCCUCUGCCCCCCCCCACCCCAGGGCCCAACAGGAACAGACCCUUAGGUGACUCAGUCUAGCAAAUGGCACGGCAGAUGGUCAGGACGCCAGCUACCACCUCCGGGGACUCCGUUUGCCUUUAACAGUUCACAGCCAUAACUUGUACUCAGGACUUUUCCUUUAGACGGCUGCGCCCUGGGACUUUCUUCUGCUUUAGUUGUGUUUCAUUUUUUAUUUUCUUGAUUUCCUACCAGGAGCCUUGCCCUAAAGGUUGACUGAGUUUAUGGCUCCCAAGGAGCCUUUGUAAGACCCAUGACUAUUUUUCUUCCCCCUUUAGUCAAGUGUUUUUGAAGUGACGAAUCCGUUUGUCACUGCACACAUGCGCUGCCUUACUGCUUGGCCUUGGAGGAAGUUUGAGUCCUAGCUGUCUGUCCCUGUGUAGGAAAGCUAAUUUAUUUAGAGGGUCUUAUUUAGUUUCUUAGUCCUUAUGUCUCAUUCUCUUGAGUCCUUAUUUCAUUUUCAUUGGUAAGAAGUUACUGGGGACCUAAAUAAGGGGCUUUGCCGGAACCUUAGUAGUAAAGCAGUAGGAAGGGGAGGGGCAGGACAGAACCCCCCAGAUAGCUCUUUAGUUGGUCCGUGGCCUCACUAAGAAGACAGAGCAGUUGCUUAUCCUGAGACUCUGUCAUAGUUAAGGGGAAUGUCACUUAUCUUGUCAUUGAUGCCAGCCUUGUGGCCACUCUCCCUGCCCUUUGCCUUCCUGACUCAUCUGGACCAGAACCAAACAUGGAGGAUGUCACUUAGCCCUUCCUAAUGACCAUGGCUUUUCUAGGGGCCUAUGGAAAGACACUUUCUGAAAGGAGCUGGGAGUAUGGAUGCCUUGGGACUCUUCUGAGUGAACACAAGGCUCAGGCCUCCCACCUCACCCCGGAGACACAGCUGGUAGAUAACCAAGGCCAUAGAGAAAUGUACUAGACCAGGUAGUCUGCUCUGCAGACUUUUUCCCUUUUCCUUUCAGCUUGCUCAGAGUUGAAAAGUCUGGGAAAGCUUCCCUCAACAGCUAGAGAGAGCUAGAAAAAUAGGCCCUCCCUUACUUACUUUUUCCCUGUUGGUUGUACACCCCAAAUCUGGCUUCUUUCAGCCCCCACUCCUCUCCUUGGCCCUAAGCACUAGACCAUAUACUCCUGGUAGUGGUAAACAAGGAGAUGUCCUCACUGAACCUCAUUCACCUUGCUGCCUUCCCUGUGCCUGUUCUAUUAUACUUGGCUCCUAUCCUGAUUCACUGCCCUCUGGUCGACAGGGUACUUAGCCAUAACCAUGCCCUGUCUAUAGCCUGAACCACCAAGCAGAUACCAAAAUACUCCUCCUGUGGUUUCUGAGGCUCCCCUGCUGCAUACUGAGAGGCUCCUUUAAAGGUGCUAGCCCUGAGACCACCCUUUCCCCAAAACCUCCCCCUUUUUCUCAUGACUUCCUUCCCACCCCCAAAUCAUUAUUUUUCAUUAAUAUUGUACAUUGUAUACACAGGAAGGAAAUGUAUUCCUUUUUUUUUUCUUUAAUUUCAUAACCAGUCCAUUUAGAAUCCAGUCCUCCUAGUUAUAUCACGUAUGCCUUUGUUGAUAUGCUCUUUCUGCUUUCUUUAGACUUUUGUUUGACAGGGGCAGAGGGAGGAACAGGACAGGUGAGGAUCCUAAGGCAGAUUAGAGGAGCCCCCAUCCUACUUCAGCCUCCCACAACCCUAAACAUCCCACUCAUAGUAUGGAACUGAUUUCUCUCUGUUCGUGUUUGCACACAUGUAUGCACACAGAGACAUAAAUCCCCACCCAAGCCCCUGAGUGGUAACCCAGCAGGAAUGAGCAUCAGCUGCUAGCCACCAUUCCCACCCUCUGUUAGCAGGUCAUUUGUCGCUCUUUGGGGCAAAAUGCUAUCCCAGAUUGAGAAGAGGCUAGGGAGAGUAGGGCAGGUGAAGGCAGCUAUGUCCUCUGUAGAUGCAGGUCUGUGCUGUAGCUGCUAGGGUUGAUUUUAUUUUUUUAAUGGCAGGCUGGUAUCUCACCACCACUAGCUACUGGUGAGUGCAAUUUUAGCUGUAAGAAAUGGCUAUGAGCACUAGUUUUAUUGACUUUCCCUUGGGUGGUAGUUUUCAGGAUGUAAUCCAGGACGAGGAGCAUCAGCAGCACCAGCAUCUGGGAGCUUGUUAGACACCACAUUUGGGCCCCACCACAGACCUAUUGAAUUGGGAACUCAGGCUGGACGCUAACAUGCACUCCCCGUGAUUCUAGUGCACACUAAUGUGUGAGAACCAUUGCCUUAGAGGCAAGUUGGGACAUCCUUGUAGGGUGUCAGGAUAUUUUUAAGUACCAUCCUCUGCCUUAGCACUAACACAUUUUUCCAUUUCCUCCCGUCCCUCUCUCCACCCCCAUUAGAACAACAACCACGUCAUUCAUCUCAAAAUCUAGGUUUGUCUUCCUUCUACUUCCUCCUCAAACCUGUCCUGCCUUGGUCUGGACAAGAAUUGUCCCAUAUUCCCUUGCAGACUGGUCACUCCACAUUCUUUGUUACAGGAAGGACCAGCUGGAGCUCUAGCUGUCCUGUACACACAAACACACGCACACACACACGCACAUCUACACACCCCUUUCCAGCAGGGAGAUGAGCCUCCAACCCCAACAGUGGAGGCUGCCGCCUCCGGACAUUGUAUCUGUUGAAAGCAAGCCAUGCGUAUCUAUGGUUAUAGCUCUCUUCAUCUGUAUAUCUUUGACAUGUAGCAGCACCUCUCCAUCUCACCAAGGAGCUCUACUCUGGGUCUGGGUCUCCCCCAGUCCCCAGUGGUGGACUUUGACAUGUGGGAGGAUGUAGUGCUACAGGCUGUUUUGUUACAAAACUGUCUUGUCCCCUUUCCCUGCCACCCAACUCAGCAUGAUCCCUGUGAGCAGGCUCUCACAAUCUCCUGGGACGGGCUGAGGCAGAGGCUUCACUCUAUUCUCCCUCCCCCUCCCCUCUCCUAUCCCCCUUCCCACCCAGCAGUUAUCCCCACCCCCUCUAUGCCUUCUCCUGCUCCCCCUCGCCCUGACAUAUAUUGUGCCUUAUUUAUGCUGCAAAUGUAACAUUAAACUAUCGAGAGAACCACUGUUCUGUCUAAUGCUUCAGUACUCUCAUCUUCGAGUCCCGUUGGCCACUCUUGCUGGGAAUUCAUCGGGCUUUCAUGUUUAUGCUCUUCCUCGCUCUCCUAUAUCUGAGGACAGAAGGAGCAGGGAUUCUUAUCCCUCAUUUUUAUGCAGGGAAGACACAGCCUAAAGAAGGUAGGUGGUUCAUAUAAAUUAUAGAACACGAAAGAAGGUACUGAGACUAGGGGUCAGGUCUGUGCACUACCCUGGGGACAGGGUCCUUGGCAUCAUGGGAGCCUCACGGCUAAACUCAUGGGCUUUAUGUGGUUAGGGGGUGGUAGUGUGUGUGAAGGCAAGCGGCCUCUUCCCUUUCAGUGUUUUGUCCCCUCCUUCCCAACAAUAAAAAUAAAAACAAACCCUA